AUGGCUACACCAAUCCGCAAGAAGCGCAACUUCAAGGCUUUGCAGCUUGAUGUGCCCGCGAAACCAAAGGAACCAGAGCCAGUACCCACAAGGGUUGCUCCCGCAACUACAGCGGCGAAGGGCAAGAAACGACCUCCACCUAUGACACUCAACGCCCCGAAAUUGGGAGUAUCUAACGCCGUUCAGGAUCCAGAUGGAAAUCUUGCAAACGCAGCAGGCGCGCCUACUUGCACCAUUCCCUCAGCUUCUGCAAAUACGCGGAGAAAUACAUACCACACUCACCUUUCCAACACGCUAGCAAACCUUGAUAUGAAUGCCGAGACGCGUUACGAUCUUCGUAAUGAGGAUCUAAAAGACCUUCAGGAGCUUGGCCAAGGCAACGGCGGGAGCGUCAAAAAGGUAGAACAUACACCCACCAACACUAUCAUGGCCAAGAAGAUUGUUCUCAUUGAUGCGAAGCCUUCCGUGCGGAAGCAGAUUCUCCGCGAACUUCACAUUAUGCAUGAUUGCCAUUCGCCAUACAUCAUCUCAUUCUAUGGCGCAUUUCUUUCUGAUCCAAAUAUCUGCAUUUGCAUGGAGUUCAUGGACAAGGGUUCUCUUGAUGGAAUUUACAAGAAAAUCGGUGCUAUCGAUAUUGAGGUCGUCUCCAAAGUUGCGCUGGCCGUGCUCGAAGGCUUAACCUAUCUAUAUGACGUACACCGAAUUAUUCAUCGUGAUAUCAAACCGUCGAAUAUCUUGUGCAACUCGCAAGGUCAAAUCAAGAUAUGCGACUUUGGUGUUUCCGGUGAACUCAUAAAUUCCAUCGCCGAUACCUUCGUAGGAACCUCAACCUAUAUGAGUCCCGAGCGGAUACAAGGUGCACAGUACACCGUCAAGUCUGAUGUGUGGUCUUUGGGCAUUUCUCUCAUAGAACUUGCCCUAGGACGGUUCCCCUUUGCCGAUUCAGAUCCGGAUGACUCCGACCUUUCCGACUUUGAAGGUACCUUGUCGCCUGGUUGCAUCGGACUUCCACCGAAGAAAGAGAAAGACAAGACGUCAAAAAAGGACAAGCGGAAGAGCAAGGGUGUCAGCCUACAGGGAGGUGGAAUGAUGAUGAGCAUAUUGGAACUGCUCCAGCAUAUCGUUAAUGAACCUGCCCCACGACUGACACCAGAAGGGCGUUUCCCUCAGGAAGCAGAAGAUUUCGUCGAUAGCUGUCUGCUCAAGGACCCUGAUGCGCGGAAACACGCCAAAGGAUCUUUUGGUACUCCCUUCUUAUUUGUUGCAUCCGUCGUGUCCUUCUGA